AUAGCUGGAACAUCGGUACUUUUAACAAGUUAGAAAACAUCGCAAUAAAUUUGGUUUUGCAAUUAAGCAUCAUUUCAAAAUGGACAUAAGGAUUGGUUUGCUGUUGUUGUUCACGAUUUCACCAUGUAUUGCUCUGGAAUGCUCCAGCUGUAUGCAUAUCGGUUUCGAAUACAUCAACAUGCCGGACAAUAUCGAAAGUAUGCUGAACGAUAUGAUGUCGUCCCUGGAUUAUUUAAGGAGCGAGUCAUGUGCUAGUAACACAGCCCCGACAGAGACAUGCGCAGUUGCUGCUCAAGGUUCAAAGGACACCUGUACUAGCUUUACAUUAUCCAUGACGUGUAUGGGGUUCACAGCCGCUAAUCUGCCGGAUACCGGGAUGAGGAUAUUGAUAGUUGUGCGUGGGUGUAGCGCGUCGCUGGAAGACACCGAGGACAACUGCCGCAAAAUAGAUACACUUUUAGACGCCGAGAGUCAAGUCGAAUUCAUACAGUCACUCGAGUCGCUUACCACAACAUUUGAUUCCGUCGAAUAUAAUGGCGACUUCUGCACCUCAUCAACUGGUAUUUUCCCUACUACCGUAGCAGCCAUCAUAACGACCACCACGAAACCAACAAGCGGUUCAUCGAUCACGGAUGCAUCCACCAUCACGACCACCACGGAACCAACAAGCGGUUCAUCCACGAUCAUGUUGAUGCCAUCAGUUGCGGUUUUGUUAAUUGCUUCGUAUCUUGUGUAAAUCAAUAGAAGAAUGUGUAAAUCCAGUAAAGCAAUUGAUUCCUGCUUUUCAGCAAUCACCAAACUGUAUGUUAAGACGUUAUUUUAGGGAUGCAAACGAAUAUUCGAAUAUCCGAAUAUUCGAUCGAACGUUUGGUAUUCGAAUGUCAAAAUCGGUAUUCGAAUAUUCGAUGUUUUUGUUGAAUUAUUAAAUUAAUAAACUUUUUGCCUACAACUGUCAUCUCCGUCUGUCUUGUUUUUACAACGAUUGAUUCCUUAUGCCAGAGGUGUGAACUUGAUGACACUUGUCACGCGUCAUAUCGGAUAUAUCGUCGGGAACUAUAAACAGUCCCCGUAAUUUUGCAUUUACUGGCUGUUAGACAAGUGACAUUAAACACAUUACAAUUAUUUUUGGUACAUCUAAAUGACUAUGCCAAUUAAGGGUUGAAGAGAUUGGCCUUUAUACAAGUGAGUUGUUUACAUUGCUAAUCAAGCUUGUCGAUAUUGCUCAAAUCGCCUUGAUAAUAUGACGGACAUGUGCUAGUUUUGUGCUUUAAACAGUUUUCCAUGUUUCGAAAAAAAAACGCUCUUGCCUUGAAACGUAACUGCAUGGUUUAACUUUUAAGGAUAUAUGUCCUGUAUUGUUGUACAAUACAUAAGUCAAAAUCGACGUUUGGCCAUGGUGUCGUCUUCUUUAAAUAUUUUUCGUAAACAUUAAUACCAGAACGAGGCUGCAAGUCACAUGUUGGCGCAUAUCGUCAUUUAACGUGACCGGGAAAAUACGUAAUUCCCGGAUCUUAUUUUGCAUUGUUUACAAAUAUGAACACACAGGAAUUGAAAUAAUUCGAUUUUUUUGUUAAAGAUGUAUCCUUUUUCUUGGGAUGUAUUCUGAAAAUGGGGAAAUUCAGAGGCUAAUUUGUGGAACAAUAAGUAUCCGUCGCGUGUAAACGAUACGACAAAGAAGGGUAACAGGGCCCGACUUAGUUACUACAGUUAAUAACAGUUUACUGCAAUUCUAAAAGGUUCAUUUUGGUAUUCGAAUAUUCGAUCAAAAUAAUUACCGAAUAUUCGAAUAUCAAUUUGCCAUUUGUUUGCAUCCCUAGUUUUUUUGGAUAACCUAACAUGUAUUUGUUCCUUUGAUUAUUCGUUUUAGGUUUAUUUGGUCAAUACUCUUUGUUAUAUUUCAGAUUAAAAUGACCGAGUAUAUUUUGUACUACAUGUGUAUUUGCAUUCUGGUUACGGAACUAAGACGUUUUUCGGUUUAAAGUGCUUCCAAUUCGCUCUGAAAAAGGUCAUAUAAAUGUUCUCCAACGUUAUCUUUCAAAAAAGUGCGUUGAAUAUAAAUCCAGAUAAUAGAACAUGAAACAAAAACAAAAGAAAUCAAUUCCUGCUUUUGUAAUUUUGUACAGGUUGCAAGCUUAUUGUAGGAUUAGUCGCCAUGAAACGCGUAUAUUGCUUUGUUUGUUUGUUUUAUUGUAUUCGGACAAUACUAUUUGUAGUUCUUUAGACCAAUAUCCCAGAUAUUUUAUGUACUUUUUUAUUAAAUGUUAUUAAAUGU